AUGAACCUGAGGAUGUCUAUGGGUAAGUUGGCUCAGUUCUACAUCAAGGAGAUUGUGAGGUUGCAUGGGGUGCCUUCGAGCAUUGUAUCAGAUAGAGAUCCCUGGUUCACAUCACGGUUUUGGCAAACCUUACAGGGUGCUUUAGGAAGCAAACUCACGAUGAGUUCAGCCUAUUAUCCUCAGACAGAUGGCCACUUAGAGAGGACGAUCCAGUCACUUGAGGACCUACUGCGUACAUGCAUACUGGAUCACUUGGGCACUUGGGAUGAAGUGUUACCGUUGAUUGAGUUCACCUACAAUAAUAGUUUCCAUGCGAGCAACGAAUGUCCCCUUCUGAGGCUCUUUAUGGCCGGAAGUGUAGGACCCCUUUGUUUGAGGAAGUAUGUGUUUGACUCGGCCCAUGUGUUGGAAGCUGAGGAUAUACAAAUGAGGGAGGACCUCACUAUGGAGGUACCACCCACUACUCUAGAGGAUAGCAAGGUUGAGGAAUGCAGAGGAAAAACAAUCAGAUUGGUCAAGGUCAUCUGGGAUCGGAGAACAGAUGACUCAACUUGGGAGUUGGAGGAGGACAUGAGGAAAUCACACCCACACCUUUUUACCUAG